AUGACCGCAGGAGAAGCGAUUCAAGGUGGAUUCGCGGUACCGGCAGCAGCCAUCAGCGCCAACUCCAAACGACCAAUGGGUCGGCCGCUCAAAGACUGGCAGCUAUCCGAUGUAGCUGUAGUCGCGACGCUGGAUGGCAGUCUUCAUGCUGUGGAUAGAGCCACAGGAGAGACUCGUUGGAAGAUUGACUCUGCCAAUGGCGCCAUCAAAUCAGCGUAUCCCAAUCAAACAUCCAACUCCUUGCUCAACGACGAUCGCGAGACCUGGAUUCUUGAGCCAAUUGAAGAUGGCGGCCUCUAUGUCUUCAGCACUGCGAAUGGCCUCCAGAAACUUCCAUUUGGAAUCAAGCAACUGGUUGAAAAUUCUCCCUUCACGAUUCCAGGGGAUGACAAGGUCUACGUCGGGGAGCGUAAAACAACGCUGUACUCGAUCGAUCCAAGCAAUGGCAAUAUCCUUCAAGCCUAUGGCACAGACUUUAGUCAAACGGCCGCGCGUUCUCCUAAAUGUGCACCUCGUGACGGCCUUGACGAGCUUGACGAUGACGAUGAGUGUCGCCUGAUUGAUCCAAAUGCUCGGAAUGUACUCAAGAUUGGCCGCAAUACAUACAGCCUCACCAUCUUUCGCGGGGCAGAGGUCAUCUGGAACAUGACUUAUGCAGAAUGGAUACCCAACACUGUCGACAGAGAUCUGGGCCGUCAAUAUUCAACUACAUUUGACGGGCUAUACAUCUCACCUCUGCACGACGGCCGCGUCAUUGCGCACCAAACAGAAACAAAUGAUGCAUUGUGGUACCGCGAAAUGUCGACGCCUGUAGUCCGCGUCUACGAUGUCCUUCAUCAGCAUGAGCGCAGCCGUGGCUUCACCGGAGAACUGACUGGAGUUGCCGUUGUCACUCAGCCUCUUGAUCCUCACUUCCACGAAGCGGAUCACGAGAACUAUGUCGACGGAGAUGGGGCUACGUUUGUUGGCGUCACCAAUGAAGGCGACUGGUUUGCACUCUCUGCCGCCAAGAGCCCACUUGUCAAGAGUGCUGCGCCUUCAAAGUGGUCAGAAGGGGCCGGGAAGGGGUGCUACGAUGACCUUGUUGGUGUUCAUUCGCACAACAAGGUGUCGAGACAAGAGAUGAAGGUGCCAGGCCAGAUGCUCACCAUUGAUGGCACUGCACCCGACCAACAACGGCUCAUUGGCGAUGGUCAAACGACGCUGCAAACGUCUCUGCCUGGCAAGUCGGCUUCUGUCCUCAUUGGCAUCCUUUCUUCUCUGCUCAUGAUUGCUCUUGGUUUACUGUACACGCGUUCGAGCUCAAACAAACUCGCAUCUUUGCCUCCGUUCAACUUGGCUACGCGAGCGCCGCCGGAGCUCAACACACCACGAGCUCAAGUUCAUUUUGCCGAUCAGGUGACAGUGCAAGAUGACAACAGAGCACCGAUGCACGCUAUAGAUCAAGUUGCACCUUCUCCAGACGAAGUCGAAGUAGCCGUUGUGAACGAUGAUUCUUCUGAGGCGACCACUUCUCCGCCAGACACUCAGCUUCGGGAAACUUCGCCCAAUAAGACCAACGAGCAAGUGGAGACGCCAGUGAAACCUAGGCGGAAACGCGGCUCCCGUGGUGGCAAGAAGGGCAAGACUCAGACUCAGUCAACCGCUAACAGCGAUAACGAUGAUGAGACACUCCAAAAGUCUGACAAGGUCAUCCAGUCUAUUUCCAUGCAGCCCAUGGUUGCUGUCGAUGGCGUACUUACCAUUGGUGCACUACAGGUCACCGAGAAGAUUCUUGGGUACGGAAGUCAUGGUACGAUUGUCUACAAAGGUUCCUUCGAAGGUCGUGACGUGGCUGUGAAGCGGAUGCUCCUCGACUUCUAUGACAUUGCGUCUCACGAAGUCGCGCUGCUACAAGAAUCGGAUGAUCACCCGAAUGUCAUUCGCUACUACUGCAAGCAACAAAAUGAGCGUUUCCUAUAUAUCGCCUUGGAGCUAUGCGCAGCAUCCUUGUCAGAAGUGACAGAAAAGCCGACAGAAUUCCAAGCACUGGCUGAUUGCAUGCACGACCUUGUCAGUGUACUGCGCCAAAUGGUUCUCGGUAUCCAGUAUCUGCACUCCCUCAAGAUUGUGCACCGCGACCUGAAGCCGCAAAAUAUACUCGUCAACAUGCCACGCAAGUCUGUUGUCCCUCAGAAAAAUGACGAUCGCUGCGCACGACUGGUCAUAUCCGACUUUGGCCUAUGCAAAAAACUCGACGCAGAUCAAUCGAGCUUCCGUGCGACUACUGCACAAGCUGCUGGUACAUCUGGCUGGCGUGCACCCGAGCUGCUGACUGACGAUGUGUCAGAGCUUGGACCGCGCGACUCCAGCACGUCAGGGUCAACGAUGAACGGAACGGGUCAACCACGGAAGGUGAGUCGCGCUAUCGACAUCUUUUCUCUUGGUUGUGUCUUUUACUACGUCUUGUCUGGCGGUGCGCAUCCUUUUGGUGAUCGGUAUAUGCGCGAGGCCAAUAUAAUACGGAAUCGUGCCAAUUUGGCACAUCUCGACCUGCUUGGCGAUUUAGGCUUCUUGGCGAAGGACUUGAUUGCGAGAAUGAUUCUCCCCAACCCGAGAGAUCGCCCAGAUGCAGCGACAGUGCUCCAACAUCCCUUCUUUUGGAGUGCUGAGCGGCGGCUCAACUUCUUGCUUGACGUGUCUGAUCGUUUCGAGCUGGAAGAGCGCGAUCCGCCUUCUCCUCUCUUGCUACUCCUCGAGGCGCCUGCUCAGCAAGUCGUUGGCGACAAUUGGGCAUCGAAGCUUGAUCGGCAUUUUCUGGAGAAUCUUGGCAAAUAUCGCAAGUACAAAGGCCACAGCAUCAUGGAUCUGUUGCGUGCGAUGCGAAACAAGAAGCACCACUACCAGGAUCUCCCCGAGCAAGUGCAGCAGGCGCUUGGACCUUUACCGCAAGGCUUUUUGACAUACUUCAUGUCGCGCUUCCCCUUGCUUCUGCUUCAUGCGUACUAUCUUGUCAAGGAGCACUUGCAUGAGGAGGCGCUGUUUACGUCCUACUUUCAUUGA